GCUAUGGGAUUUCUGACACCGAUUUAUGAACGAAUAAUGUUCAUAUGGGCUCUGAUUACACGAUGGUUAAAGUAUCGACAAAACUUUGAAGUUAAUAAUAUGAACACUCUAAGAGGAAUGUUGGAAGAGCUAAUUAGCCAAAGUGAAGAUAUAAUCGAAAAACUAGAGGCCGAGCCUCUCCUUCCAAGUAAACCACAAUGCGAUGAAGUCUACGAGUGGUUAGAGAACGUGGAAAGGAUCAAAACUCAAAUACUAACUAUUGAAAAACUCGGCGAAAGGAAAUUUCUCUCGAUUGCACAUCUUGGAAAGCUUGUUGAUGAAAAAAUUAGAGAAGUUGAAGAAUUGCUUGAAAAGGGUAGUCUCUUUAGUGAGAUUUCCCUUAAGAAGUCGUUUAAGUACGUGAUCAUCGGUGGUGGAGUUGCAGCUGGAUACGCAGCAAGGGAGUUUGUCAAGCAAGGGCUUGAACCGGGUGAGUUAGCGAUCAUAUCCAAAGAAGCCGUUGCACCUUAUGAACGUCCGGCACUUAGUAAGGGCUAUCUGCUUCCUGAAGGAGCUACAAGGCUUCCAGGGUUCCAUGUCUGUGUCGGAAGUGGAGGAGAGAAGCUGCUUCCGGAGUGGUAUGCGGAGAAAGGCAUUGUGUUACUUCUUAGCACAGAAAUAGUCGAAGCAGAUCUUCAUUCAAAGAUCCUCACUAGUGCAACUGGGGGAAUGUUUGAAUUCGAAACUUUGAUCAUUGCAACUGGUUCCAGAGUUAUAAGGUUGACAGAAUUUGGUGUGCAAGGAGAUCAUGCCAAAAACAUUUUCUACUUGAGGGAAAUCAGUGAUGCCGAUAAACUUGUGGAGGCAAUUAGAGCCAAGAAAAACGGAAAGGUAGUGAUUGUUGGAGGAGGGUACAUUGGUCUUGAAGUCGGAGCAGCUAUUAGAAUCAACAAGUUCGAUGUCACCAUGGUUUUUCCGGAACCGUGGUGCAUGCCUCGGCUUUUCACUAAAGAGAUAGCCGCUUUCUACGAGGGUUACUACGCCAAUGAAGGAGUUCAAAUGAUCAAGGGCACCACUGCAGUAGGGUUCGAUGUUGACACAAACGGAGAGGUAAAGGCAGUGAAACUCAAGGAUGGUAGGGUGCUGCAAGCUGAUAUUGUUGUUGUUGGUGUCGGCGCAAAGCCUCUAAUUGAUUUGUUCAAGGGGCUAGUCGGUGAAGAGAAAGGCGGAAUCCAAACUGAUGGAAUGUUCGAAACAGAUGUCCCUGAUGUAUACGCCGUGGGGGACGUUGCUACUUUCCAUAUGAAAUUGUACGAUGACAUGAGAAGAGUUGAGCAUGUUGACCAUGCCAGAAAAUCAGCCGAGCAUGCUGUGAGAGCUAUCAGGGCAAGUGAGGAAGGGAAGUGCAUCGAAGAGUACGACUAUGUUCCGUACUCCUACUCCCGUGCCUUUGAUUUGUCGUGGACGUUUUAUGGAGACAAUGUAGGUGAUCUGUUACUGUUUGGGGACCCCAAUCCAGCAUCAAGCCAACUGAAGUUUGGAGCAGCAUGGAUCAAGGACGGGAGGAUUGUGGGAGCGUUUUUGGAGGGAGGGACAGAUGAAGAAAACAAGGCUAUUGCCAAAGUUGCAAGGGCACAACCUUCAGCUGAGUAUCUGGAUACACUGAAAAGGGAGGGCUCUUCCCUUCAUAUUUCCAUGUUAACAAAUUCCCAAAUAUAAUUUGGGAAGUGAGUUUAAUAGGUUACUGGAACUGAACUCUAUAUAUUUAUGUUGCACCCUCUAUAAAAUUCAACAGAUUGAUUAUGUGUGUCCUGGAUUUGAUAUUUUUCAGUUUCUUCACAUUACAUUCUCUGAUCUCUGUAUAUAUUCCUUGGAUUGGAAAAGGAAAAUUGCUUUCAUAA